CAAUAGAGAGACCUCUCUUUCUGGUAAUGAGAGGGUCCAGCACUCUUCCAGAAGAUACAGUCCCUGUCCUCUCGCAGACGUGACACCCCCCUCAUAGGGCAGAGCUCCCGUGGAAUUCUCAGAAAUGGAGACGGGGCAGUCUAAACAGAUUUCAUGAGAUGCACUUUUUUCCAGAGAGAGACAAACAAGCGUCCGCCUUCCAUUGAACGAUGAAGGAAAUGGACUUCCUUCCCCUGGGAGAGCCUGUUUUGUACUGAGCCCUGGCUGAGUGUGAAUUGUAAUCACACAAAUAUCUGUUUUUCUGAGCUGCCAGUCCGGCUAUUGUUCGCCUCUCUCAAAGCUGACAGCCUGGAGACCCGUUCCUCACUCUCCAAUCUUCGGAGACUGCCGGAGUACGGCUUACCAAGGGAGUCCUCUGACCUCCAGGCAGGAGCACCUCAUGAGCGGCUGAAGACCAUCACCAGGAAAAGCCAUUGACACUGGGUCACCGUUGGCUGGGUCUCCUUGGUCAAGAGCCAACGGAGAGCCCGCAAGUCUUGCCACACCCUUCCAAACCCUCCAAAGACCCACAAAGAACUCAAAAUACGCCCCGUGUGGGAAAUCCUGGGUUUACCCCUCGUUUGGACGACCAGGCUGGGACAGCCGCCUUCUUCGAGAGCUCCUGACCCCACCUCAAAAAUAAACCAAGAGACGCUGGCAGCGGUGGGGCCCUCCGAGGCGGAGAUCGGUCACUGGAUCCUGGGGACCCCCGGAUAGUGCCGACCAGUGACUUGGGGGCCCUGGCGGCCCUUGGCCUUGUGGAACAUUCAUUUUUCGUCUGGCAGCCGCGGUCAUGGCCAAGUGGUUUAAGGAGCUCCCAUUGUCACUGAAGAAUGUCUCAGACAGAGCCAAGCCUGGGCUCCCAGGGGCCAAAACCCUCCCUAAACUCGGAGGCUCUCAUAAGAACUCCAGCCCCGAUUCCUCUGGUUCCUCGGUGAAGAACCGCAAGAACUCGUCAUCGGAUGGACAGGGCAAAAGCGUCAAGGAGAGCCGCCUGUCCAGGGAAAGUCUCCAGAGCCUUCUGGCGGGCAAGAGCCGGAAAAACUCCAGGGACGAGACCGGGGCUUUUCGGCCCGCCAAGGGCCACAACACCUAUAUCAACCGCCUUAUCAAGGUGGACCCCAGCCUGCAGGAGAAGAAUGGGGGGAAUUUCCAAGAGGUCAACGAGCAGGGCCAAGAGCCGGAGAAGGGGAUCAAAGAGGAAAAAAUCAUCAUCAUAGAGGACUAUGUCGACCCUUACGACGCCAAGCGCACCAAAGUCCAGCGUGACGCGGAGAGGGUCGGAGAAAACGACGGCUACAUGGAACCGUACGACGCACAGCAGAUGAUAACUGAGAUUCGGCGUAGAGGGUCCAAAGACCAGCUGAUCACCGAGCUGCUCCUCAUGGAACUGACGUCCCCGAACGAGAGCAAGGCGGAGGCCAAGCGGCAGGGGUCCCAGGAGCUCCUCGUCAAACCCCCUCAGCUGUACGACACCCCCUAUGAGCCCCCCGACAACGAGCAAGAUCACGGAGAGGAGAAGAAGGCCCAGCGGGUGGCCGAUGGGACACGACCGGAGAACGACGAGAGGCCGGCCGGGGAGUACGAGCAGCCCUGGGAGUGGAAGAAGGAGCACAUAGUGAGGGCGCUUUCAGUGCAAUUUGAGAACAGCGAGCGCUCGCAGGCCAAGGAGGAAGGAGGCCGCCUGCACCAGCGGCAGAAAAGUUGGACGGCCAAGGUCUUGAAGCAGCCUCAGGCGGAGCCGAUGGACAAGGUGGACCCGAGCGUCCCGCUGGAGAAGCAGAGCUGGUAUCACGGUUCGGUGACCCGCGCGGAGGCGGAGACCAGGCUGCAGGCCUGUCGCGAGGCCAGCUACCUACUGCGGAACAGCGAAUCAGGGAACAGCAAGUACUCCAUCGCUCUGAAGACCAGCCAGGGCUGCGUUCACAUCAUCGUGGCGCAAACCAAGGACAACAAGUUCACCCUGAACCAGACCAGCGGCGUUUUCUGCAGCAUCCCAGAGGUUGUCCACUACUACUCCAGCCAAAAGUUACCCUUCAAGGGGGCCGAGCAUAUGAGCUUGUUAUACCCGGUUCCCAGAGUACACUAAGCUCUUCAGGUCCCAACGACCUAAAGGCGCUGCCCCCCCCCCCCUCUGCUGUCACCCCUUACGCCAACUCCUGCCAACUCUUUGCCAAUCAUUGGCACUCCUCUUUCAAGUUUGAUUUACGCAUCUUGGAGACCUGCACGGCAAAUUUCAACCCCCUACUGUCAGCUAAGCUAAGGCUCACCAAUAGACCUACCCUGCUCUUUAGGCCUUGGUUGUCUACCGGCAAUGGUGGACCGAAGGAAGUCAAAGACCUGACGUUAAUAAGAACCCCAACUUUUCCUGCAAAGAACAAUAUGGUGGCCCUCUGGACAAGGCCUACUUCGCUCUUCAGGCCUUGGUUGUCUACCGGCAAUGGUGGACCGAAGGAAGUCAAAGACCUGACAUAAUAAGAACCCCAACUUUUCCUGCAAAGACCAAUAUGGUGGCCCUCUGGACAAGACCUACCCCGCUCUUUAGGCCUUGGUUGUCUACCGGCAAUGGUGGAACAAAGACCUGACGUUAAUAAGGACCCCAACUUUUCCUGUAAAAGAACAAUAUGGUGGCCCUCUGGACAAGGCCUACCCCGCUCUUCAGGCCUUGGUUGUCUACUGGCAAUGGUGGACCAAAGGAAGUCAAAGACCCAACGUUAAUUAGGACCCCAACUUUUCCUGUAAAAUAACAAUAUGGUGGCCCUCUGGACAAGGCCUACCUUGCUCUUCAGGCCUUGGUUGUCUACUGGCAAUGGUGGACCGAAGGAAGUCAAAGACCUGAC